AUGAGCUGCGUAAACAGACUGGGAACGGCAACAACUACGGCUGUGGCCGGCGGCCACGGUAGGAAGCCAUUCAGCUCCGGCAGCACCGUCGGCCCCCGCACGGACGCAGCGGAUGUCCGGGAGCCGUCCGGGUUUCCCGGCGGCGAAGAGCAGCGGAAGCAGGCAGAGGAGUCUCUCCGCCGGGUCAUGUACUUGAACUGCUGGGUUCAGGUAACUGUCGUGUUACUCGUGUAA